AUGAUGUUCUUCGUAUCCAACUUCCCGUUUGUUGAGAGACAACAACGUACGAACAAUGUUCCGAAAGAAGAUCAACGUCCAAGUGGUCAUCGAAUGCUGCCAGAAUUUGAGAAGGAAAUCGUCCGACAUCUGAACAUUUUGGAUCGCUCGACUCUCCGCAAAACUUGCCACGCUGGCCGCAUCCUUGCCGACACCCAGCCAUACAACAUCGAAGCCUUCAGUCUCCAUAGCAACUCCCACGACGUCAGCAUCUCGAUCCGUGAGAAUCCAACCUUCCGAUCCAUCUUCACACUUGAUAAGGAAUCUCAAGACGAAGCCGUGUUGACCAUCAUGACUAACGAGAUGGUUAUGAUCAGACACUUUGGCAUUGUCACCCGUCGCGGCAUUUCGGGAGACGUCAUCCAUCAAUGGGUCGAGAAGCUUAAGAACGCCGGAGUUCGUCGUCUGAUGGUUAAUCAGAUUCACAUUGUAUACGACUUGUUCUCCAAGGAUGUACCGAAGGAGAGACGUGGAAGAACAGAGGCUGGAAUCCGAGAGCUCAUCGAGAUGUGUGUGCCAGGAGUUCUAACGUCGAUCGUCAUUGAUAUCGACUUCAUUGAUCUCACAUGGACCGACAUCGUCAAGAGUCAGCAAUGGAAAAUGGCGACCGAGAUUCGUGUUGUUGGGGGAGGAAAAUGA